AGAGAAUUAAAUGCAUACUGGUUUCGUUUUGCAGAUGUUGUGACUGAGUUCAUCGAAGGUCUUGUGGAAACUUAUCCUGGACUCCAGUAUUUGGAUGGCUUUCCUGAGGUUAAGGUGGUACUACGAGCUGAUGUCACGGCUGAAACAUAUGACAAGGUCGCCGUUAUAUCAGGUGGAGGCAGUGGGCAUGAGCCAGCACAUGCUGGGUACGUUGGAGAAGGAAUGCUAACGGCGGCUAUCUGCGGAGAUGUCUUUGCCUCGCCACCAGUUGAUUCCAUCCUCGCUGGAAUUCGGGCUGUAACUGGUUCUCAGGGAUGUCUUUUGAUCGUCAAGAACUACACGGGUGAUCGCUUGAACUUUGGUUUGGCUGCUGAGCAAGCAAAAUCUGAAGGUUACAAAGUAGAGACUGUGAUUGUUGGAGAGGAUUGCGCUUUACCCCCACCGCGUGGUAUUGCUGGACGCAGGGGAUUAGCAGGAACAGUUCUUGUCCAUAAGGUUGCUGGCGCAGCAGCAGCUGCUGGUCUUUCUCUAGAAAAAGUUGCGGCUGAGGCAAAAUGUGCGUCGGAGAUGGUUGGUACCAUGGGUGUUGCAUUAUCUGUUUGUACGCUUCCUGGGCAGGUUACAUCAGAUCGUCUGGGCCCAGAGAAGAUGGAACUCGGACUUGGAAUUCAUGGAGAACCUGGUGCUGCUGUGGUUGACGUUCAACCUGUGGAUGUGGUGGUUUCACAUGUUCUUCAGCAGAUACUUAGUCCUGAGACCAAUUAUGUUCCAAUUACACGCGGUAACAGAGUGGUUCUCAUGGUUAACGGCUUAGGAGGCACCCCUUUAAUGGAACUUAUGAUUGCUGCUGGGAAAGCUGUCCCUAAAUUGCAGCUGGAAUUUGGACUUGCUGUUGAUAGGGUGUAUACAGGAUUUUUUAUGACUUCCCUCGAUAUGGCAGGAUUCUCGAUUUCAAUCAUGAAGGCUGACCACUCAAUCCUGGACCGAUUAGAUGCUCCAACUAAGGCUCCGAAUUGGCCUGUUGGCACUGAUGGCAACCGGCCACCUGCAAAGAUUCCUGUCCCUAUACCUCCUUCUCGAUCAACAAAAAGUGCUGAGUCUCAAAGCCGGCCUCAAGAGCUGAGUCAACAGGGUCGAAUUCUUGAGGCAGCUAUUCAAGCAGCAGCAACUGUGAUCAUCAGUCUAAAGGAUAGUUUGAACGACUGGGAUGGAAAAGUAGGCGAUGGUGAUUGUGGUUCAACAAUGUACAGAGGUGCAACAGCUAUUCUGGAGGACAUGAAACACUAUUAUCCACUGAAUGAUGCUGCGGAAACCGUGAACGAGAUUGGUGGAUCAAUCAGAAGAGCCAUGGGGGGCACAAGCGGAAUAAUCUACAAUCUCCUCUGCAAGGCAGCAUACGCGGAGCUAAAAGCUAAUGCUCAGUCAGAAGUCACUCCCAAACACUGGUCUGAAGCAUUCAAGUCAUCAAUAGCUUCUGUCAGCAAAUAUGGUGGAGCUAGUGCGGGAUACAGAACGAUGCUAGAUGCACUCAUCCCAGCUUCCCAAGUUCUUGAGGAGAAGCUAAGCGCCGGAGAGGACCCGAUAUCUGCUUUUAUUCUGUCAGCAGAAGCAGCAACUACAGGAGCGGAAUCAACCAUACAGAUGCAAGCACAGGCUGGGAGAUCAAGCUAUGUAUCUGCAGAGAUUCUGGCAACAGUUCCAGACCCAGGUGCAAUGGCUGCAGCGGGAUGGUACAGUGCAGCAGCAAGAGCCGUGAAGGAGCAGUGUGAAGGUUCAUCAUGA